AGGACAUGCAAGCGAGGACUUGCUUGUGGCUUGUCGUCUCGCUCCUUCUCUGCCGUCAGGCAGCAGCAGCGAGUUUUGACCCCAACUCUCCUCCGACAUCGGACGAGAUCUACCUCGACAUGCCAUGGGGAGGUUCGCCGGUCGUGUCCUCCGAGGUAGGGGCGGAGCCGCAGGCCAUGGAUGAUCCUGAAACCAUGGAGUACACUGCCGGCACGUGCAGAGACCCCCAGGUCUCUCCCACCACCUGCUCACCGGACUGCAUGUCGGCAUGCCGAUCGCCCCUAUGCUCGUUGAACUGCCUCUGCGCUUGCAAGAACGCGGAGCAUCGAGCGAUGGUGAUCGCGUUGCUGAAGGAGAGGAUCGUGAGCUCGCCCAUGCUGGCGCAAGAGUUUGUGCGGAUAGAGGAGGGUGGCAGGCAUGCUCUUGUGGCUCAAGAUCGACUGCGCGCAGACUUGGAGCAGACGAACGAAUGAAGGCGAGCGGACGAGACUGUUCCUAACGCCAAGAGAAGCGAGGAGGAGCAGUGAAGUGCGAGUCAAUGUUUGAAUCUUGUUGCUUGCACGGUGGACGGCGAGGGAAGGAGGAGGAGCAGAGAACAACGUGAUGACGGCUUGUGUGGAUGAGAGUAAUCAGUUGCACUCUUGGAUCAGAACAAUCCCAGGCGAUUGCAGCAAGUAUUUGUUCCAUAAUGUUUUUCAUUUGUUGUGAGAUUGAAGAAACGAGCUAAACUG